CCUCCCUACAACCUACCGGGACAUUAUUCAGACAAACUGGGGAUGCACACUAAGAAGAUCUGAGUCCCUGAUACCGGAUACCACGGGAUGCCUUUGGAUGUCUCGUGGAGUCCACGUGUCGGUGGUCCGAGUUACUCCUGAAGAAGGUCUCAUUUCGUGAGCUGGCUUCCCAGACUUGAACCCUAAGGAGCGCCUUGAGCAAAUGCAGUCAGCACGGCUCCAGACACCCAUGGCGACCUACUAGGACCUUAUCGAGUCUCUCCCAACCCUUGUAUUAAAAAUCUACUAAUGAUCGUUUACUUGUGUGUGUUUAGGUUGCCAUCAAAUACGUGGUGAAGGAUGAGGACCUCAGAUUUACCAGGAUUCCCGGCGAGACAGAGUUGCUCCCCGUCGAGGUGGCCCUGAUGCGCAUGGUGUCCAGGCCGCCCGCCAACCCGUACGUGCUGAAGCUCCUGGAGUGGUUCGACACGCCCGAGCGCUGCAUCCUGAUCCUGGAGCGGCCCGUCCCCUGCGUAGACCUCUACCAGCUGAUGCGCAAGAAGGGUAGGCUGAGGAUGCAGUUUGCCCGGCAUGUAAUGCGGCAGGUUGUCCUGGCGGUGCUCCACUGCCGGGAUCGCGGUGUCUUGCACAGGGACAUUAAGCGCCAGAAUGUCCUUCUGAACACGGAGACGCUGGAGGUGAAGCUGAUCGACUUCGGAUGCGGCGACCUGUUGAGGGACACUCCGUACUACACAUUUUCAGGCACGUGGGAAUACUCACCACCCGAGUGGAUAACCAAGCAGAAGUACUAUGGCUGCCCUGCGACCGUCUGGAGUCUGGGCGUACUGCUGUUUGUCUUGGUUUGUGGACGCCUGCCAUUUCGGUCUAGGAAGGAGAUCACCAAAGGGCGUCUAGUGUUCAAACCUGGUGUGUCUAAUGCCUGCUGCCAUCUGAUCGAACAAUGCCUCAAGAAGAAGCCCAGCAAGCGUCUCACCCUCGGGCAGAUCCUCCUGCAUGGGUGGUUUGAUGAGUAACCGGAAGACUAGGUCCAGACGGUGUAGAUCUUUACACUCAUACUGGCGGCUGCAAAAAAGAGGGAUCUGCGCGUCUUCCAGCAAAGGUACGACCGGCUGAUACAGAUGCUGGAGAAUCGUACUAAUCGGAUGUGGGCCAAAGUGGAGCUGGCGCAGAUCGGGAUCCAGCACGUUAACUUUAUAGACAUCGUCUUUGAGCUGGUGCUGCUGGGAAUUCUGGGAAGAGCGAGGGUGCAUCAGAUCAUCUCAUUGACGCAGUACCGGAGACGAAGGCUCUUUCUGGACCGGCUGAUUGCUCUCAUCUAUUCGUGUGUUACGCCCAGAUAGACUGAACGUGUUAUUUAUUCCAUCUUCAGACUGAGAUGCUGAGCUUCCUGGAUGAAAUCUUCACUCUGGACGAGUCUUUGUAUGCAGAACCUGAAGCCCUGGCUGCUGCACUGGAGACGCUUUUAUGGCAGAGCCUCCAACGGUUUCAUGAAAGGCUGGAAACAGAGGACAUCUAAAGGCCAACCUUGAUUAGAACCUUUAUUUAACUGUCAGGGAUGCAUGUCUGGUGGUUGACGUGUUUUUAAUGUUUGUUCACAGUUUGUGUACUUGUGGAGGUGCGUCAGGACCCAAGACAUCGGCGACGUGUGAAGAUACCACCGAUGUGGAAGCAUGUAUUAGGAUCUCUGAGAGACCUGCUGCCUUUAAGACGAUGUCUUUACAUCAGGACAACGCCCGGAUGACUUUGUGGACCAGAUCCAGAUGUGUAAAAAGCUGAUGUUCUGUAAAAAUUUAAUAAAGAAAGAAGAAACUGUGA